CCACAUCCAAUGGAGAAGAGAAGCGGCGGCUGUGCCUGCGCAACGUCAUAGCUCUCUCCCUCGCGGCCGGCCGACUCAACUCAACCGAAGGCGGACAUGUCGGCGUCUGAUCUCCCUGACGAGCUGUGGGCGCGCGUCCUGGAGCUGGGUGCCGCGUCGUCCGCGCUGGGGUUUCGCGACCUCUGCUGCCUCGCCAUCGCCUCCCGCCGCCUCAGCCGCCUCUCCCUUUACCCUUCCCUCUGGUCGGCGCUCGUCUCCCGCGACUUCCCCUCCCAAUCCCAACCCUCCUCUUCCUCCUCCCAACAGCAGCAGAAGCAGCUCCACCCCAAAUCCCUGUACAAAACCAAGUUCGAGAGGCACAGGGUGCGGAUGGCGGAGGCGCGGCUGCGGGCUGUGUUCGAGGCGGAGGCACGGGUGCUUGCGUGCCGGAGGCGGCUGGCGGAGCUGGAGGAGUCGAUGUGGGCCGAGGGGGAGAGGAUGAAGGCCGCCGCGCAGGAGCUGGACAACCUCGAAAGGGUCAGGAGAGCUUCUGUUGCAUUAAAUGUAUGGCAACCACAAGUUGUUCGUGGUUGUCAGAAGCAGUUGGUUCAGCAAUGCAGAGUUCCUGUUGAUUCUCGUCUUAGUGAUCUAAACAUGGAACUGAAAGUUUGUAAGCAACAAAUAACAACUUAUAAGAAAAUUUAUAAUAAAGAGGAGCAGAAGUUGAAUGAGUACGAGGAAACAUUGGAACGAGCAAAAUAUCAUCCUCUGCAGAAUAGCCAUACAAGCUCAAUUGCCAAAGAACCACGUGCAAAGAGGAAGAAACUGAAGUAAGGCUACAGUUUGCCUUCCAGUCCUUUGCCUCAAGAUAGCACGACCUGCAAUGCACCAAGUGCUGAUGCAUUCAUCUCGGGAGAAGUUGCUGAUGUAUCGCAGAGCUGACAGCAAAACAAGGCUUCUUCAUGUGUUCGGUUCCUUGUCCAUGUGUGCACAUGAUGUAUCGACAAGGGCCCGAUGGCCGUGGCAUGCUUCCUUUCCGGGCACGGCGAUGCUAUGAUACAGUAUUAAGCACCUCCUGUUCUUUCCAUGUUGCAGAAAGAAUCUUGUUUUCAGAUGUACACACUGUCCACCUGCCAGCUAAUUUUAUAGCAGAAAGAUGCCGACUAUUCUAUAGCAGAAUAGGACUUUGAUACUUAUCCUUCGCGAAGCUGUGGGCUAUAGCAGAAGCUUGCCGGAUUUGACUUUAUUCGUUCAGUUGAAUAUUAGCCUGUACGCUACUAUCCAGCAUCUCGUCCAUAUAUGAACACUUAUCUAUUUUCCAUUCCUCAAUAUC